AAGCACUUUUGACAGGUACUUGUCUGUGACCAGUGUCGAUGUUUUGGACAGGCUGGAGAAAACGCGGCUACACUGUUCAGGGCACAGAAGUUAAUUUGUAGGCAGAAGGGCUUUUGUUGAAGUUUACCUGCGUUUUUUGCUAGUAAAAUAACUGUACAGUGUUUUAUUUUAUCAAUAUUGACGCAGAGAAAACACAAGUGAACCGAAUUCUCAGGAGCCGAGACACUGCACCGGGCUGGUUGAGUCUACAUGGUCCUCAUGUAGCAUUUAAGUCCAGCCCCCUGUGCGGGAACAGCGAAAGGGUAUUGUAUUGAGUACUGCAAACGUGAUUAGAGAAAAUCUGACUGAAGAAUUAUGUCGGAAGUUGCUCCAGCUCCAGCCGCCGCCGCUCCGGCUAAGGCUCCCAAGAAGAAAGCGGCAAGCAAGCCCAAAAAUGCGGGGCCUAGCGUUGGGCAGUUGAUUGUGAAAGUAAUUUCUGCUUCCAAGGAGAGGAGCGGAGUGUCCCUGGCUGCGCUGAAGAAAGGUCUGGUCGCAAAUGGCUACGAUGUGGAGAAAAACAACUCACGCGUAAGGCUAGCUGUUCGAAGCCUGGUGACCAAGGGGACCUUGCUUCAGACAAAGGGAACCGGCGCAUCUGGCUCAUUUAAGCUCAAUAAAAAACAGGAGAGUGUAAAGAAACCCGCUAAGAAAGCAGCUCCUAAAGCUAAGAAGCCCGUUGCGGUUAAAAAGGCAGCAGCGAAGAAGCCUGCGGCCAAGAAGUCGCCGAAGAAGAAGCCCGCUGCAGCUAAGGCGAAGAAGAGCCCAAAGAAACCCAAGAAGCCGACAGCUGCGGCGAAGAAGCCGGUCAAGAGUCCGAAGAAAACCAAGAAGCCGGCAGCAGCAGCCAAGAAGGCGGCCAAGAGUCCUAAGAAAGCGAAGGCGGCCAAGCCAAAAGUUGCCAAACCUAAGACCACCAAAGCCAAGAAAGCGGCUCCCAAGAAGAAGUGAACGCAUAUACUGUAACGUACAUUUACGAAGUUCAAAGGCUCUUUUAAGAGCCAU